AUGACCGUCCCACACGACACCGCUCCUGAGCCCACAGGGACGACUGUGAUAAUUAUCGGCCUUGGUAUCGGAGGCCUCACUGCAGCCAUCUCCUGCCAUCUGAAUGGACACCAUGUAAUCGCUUUUGAUAAGCUUGAGAAUCUCGAACCAUACGGGGACGGGCUCAUCCUCACUCCCAAUGGGAGCCAGGUGCUCAAGGACCUUGACGAUACUGGCAUCGUCGCAAGGUGGGUUGAGACCUGGGCCUAUAACUGCAGGGAUUGCAAGAUCUACGAUACAGAUGGAGUCCAUGUCGGCCAGCACCCAAUUCCAGACACAGAUAAGGGUCUCUCACUGUUACCGCGCGGGGGGCUGGUCCAGAUUCUGUAUCAAACUGCGAAACGACUGGGGCUAGAUCUCCGCCUUGGAGUGAGAGUCACUGAGUUUUAUGAGGAUGAGACACAGGCAAGUGUCGUCGUUGGAGGCGAGCGCGUCCAGGGUGAUUGUCUCAUCUUCGCCGAUGGCGCGAACAGCAGAGGUCGUGCAGCUGUCUCCUCCACCAACGUGCAGCCAUAUUACUCGGGCUUUUCGAUAUUCCGCGGAAAGGCCGAUGGGACAGCACUGCUUCAAGACCCUCGGUGCCAUUGGUUGCUGGGCCCGGAGAACAAGGUCGACCAAGCAGCGGGGUUCGCGGGUCCGGAAAUGUACGUCCAGCUCGCUACCUGUGGAGGGGGGCGAGCGUCCUUCUGCAUGGGGAUAACCCAGCAUGCCCAGCCCGAGGGGAAUUUCUGGACCACGCCAGUAGAUAAAGAGGAGAUGUUGGAGAAGAUCAGCUCCUGGAGGUGCACUGACCAGAUCCGACCAGUGAUUGAAGCAAUGUCCAAAGAUCAAUUCUUGCUGUGCCCGCUCCUCCGCGCCGGCGUGUUAGACUCGUGGGUGUCGCCCACAGGCCGCAUCACCGUCAUCGGAGACGCCGCGCAUCCCUUCUUCCCCACCUCUGCGCAGGGCGCCUCCCAGGCCAUCGAAGAUGCCGCGACUCUAGCCAUCACCCUGAGAUUGGCGGGCAAAAACAAUAUCAAACUGGGACUGCAAGCCAUGGAGGCAAUGCGCAGCAAGCACAGAGCGACCUAUAUCCAACGCAACGCUUGGAGGGUUAAUGACGCAUGGUUCAACACCCCACUGGCAGAGCGUGUUGACAAGAAAGCCGCUCCUGCGAUUGGGGUUAUUGACUGGAUUGUGGGGCACUCCUGUACGAUGUAUGCAUCUGACCAGUUUGAUCGGGUCCGUCACUCGCUUGCAACAGGCCAGCCAUACGUCCCCACCAAUAUUCCCCCAGAACAAUUCAAGGAGGCCACGGAAUGGAUUACAUAUAGAAAUACUGAAAGGCAAGCAUAG